AUGCCCCUUGUUCGAAACCCCAUUUUGCCAGGCUUCAACCCGGAUCCAUCAAUACUCCGUGUCAAGGAUGACUACUACAUUGCUACGUCAACUUUCGAAUGGUACGCAGGCGUUCAAAUCCACCACUCCAAGGAUCUUGCGAACUGGGAACUCGUGACACGGCCGCUGAGUAGGAAGAGCCAGCUUGACAUGCGUGGCAACCCAGAUAGCUGUGGAGUAUGGGCACCAUGUCUAAGUCACGAUGGCGAGAAGUUCUACCUGGUUUAUACCGACGUCAAGCGCAAAGAUGGCUCUUUCAAGGACACUCCAAAUUACAUAGUCACGGCAGAUCACAUCGAAGGCCCCUGGUCUGAUCCGUUCUACGUCAACUCAUCUGGAUUCGAUCCAUCUCUGUUCCACAACGAUGAUGGCAAGAAGUGGUUCGUCAACAUGCUGCAAGACCACCGUCGCCGCCCGAGAUCCUUCGCAGGUAUACGGUUGCAAGAGUGGGAUCCGAAAAGUCACCAAUUAGUCGGUCCUACCAAGACAAUAUUUCAUGGCACCGAGCUGGAUCUAGUGGAGGGUCCCCAUCUCUACAAAAGAAAUGGCUGGUACUACCUUCUCACUGCUGAAGGUGGAACGGCAUACGAGCACGCUUGCACUCUGGCUCGGUCACGCAACAUCUGGGGACCUUACGAACUACAUCCCCAGAAGCACAUCCUUACUUCGAAGGACGCCCCGCUCACCGCACUGCAAAAAGCAGGCCACGGUGACAUCAUCGAGACUCCGGAAGGUAAGACUUACCUUGUUCACCUCACAGGUCGCCCAACUACUCAAAAUCGGCGUUGUGUUUUGGGCCGCGAAACCGCGAUUCAGGAGGCCUACUGGAGCGACGAUGACUGGCUUUAUAUCAAAGACGGCCCCGUCCCGUCACUCUACGUCGACCUUCCUGCGACCCGUGAUGACACAGCAUACUGGGCGGAGCAAAACUACACAUUCUCCGCUCGGGCCGGUCUGCACAAGGACUUCCAGUGGCUACGCACACCCGAACCGGAGCGCAUCUUCAACGUCAAAGACGGUGAAUUGCAGCUCACUGGCCGCGAAGCGAUCGGUAGCUGGUUCGAGCAAGCACUAGUUGCAAGACGUCAAACACAUUUUUCGUAUGACGCAGAGACGACCAUCUCAUUCUCGCCAACCGAUGAGAGGCAAUUUGCAGGAUUGACGGCAUAUUACUGCCGCUUCAACUUCUUCUAUCUGACUGUCACGGCGCAUGCAGACGGCAAUCGCGAACUACUCAUUCUGACAUCUGAGAUGUCGUGGCCAGAUGGCAAUGUGAAGAUGCCACUAGCCGACUCUGUGAAAAUUCCGCAGGAAGGAAAGGUGAAAUUAGCGCUCAGCAUCCGUGGCAAGGCUCUGCAGUUUUCUUAUGCGGUGGAAGGAGACAAACUGAGGGAGAUUGGUCCUGUGUACGAUGCGAGUAUCCUAAGUGAUGAGUGUGGAGGGCAUCAGGCGCACGGUAGCUUUACAGGUGCGUUUGUGGGUGUUGCAGCGAGUGAUCUGAAUGGUACUGAGACGAAGGCUGGGUUUGAUUAUUUCAUAUACAGACCGGUCGAACACGAGUCGGAUCGGUAUGAUAUCUAAGGGCGUAAGAUCGUUUGUUGUAGGUCUCAUUUAAUUCAAUGUAACGUUCGUCCCA